GAUUUAAUUUGAGCGAAAGGGCUUUCGAGCAGAAGAUAAGCAGAUAAAACAAUUUAAACACUGGCAACACUGAGGCGGCGGCUGAGCGGCUUGCGGACGUACCCAGCCAGACUGAUACCGCUGUUUAGACCUCCACUACACUCUUCAAUGUUGAGGAGCUCCAUGGCCGCCGUGAUGAGAGCCAUUGUUGUGCGUGAGUUUGGUGGUGUGAAGAAGAUGAAGGUGGAGGCAGAUAUGCCGGCACCAUCCGUCCAGGACCAUGAGGUACUGAUCAAAAUACAUGCUAGCGGAAUCAAUCCAGUGGACACCUACAUACGGGAGGGCAUGUAUGCCAGCCUGCCUGAGCUGCCCUACGUCCCAGGCAAGGAUGGUGCAGGGGUGGUGGAGGCCCUCGGCACUAAGGUUACUAAAUUCAAGCUUGGGGACCGUGUGUUCUGCUCCAUCAACACACGCAGCGGAACACUGGCAAGCCUCACUAGUGCUCAUGAGACGCGAGUGUUUCCCCUGGGAGAAAAUUUGAGUUUUGAGGAGGGUGCAAGUAUAGGCAUUCCUUACUUCACUGCCUGCCGGGCUCUCAUCCUUAAAGCCAAGGCCAAGAAGGGGGAGAGGCUGCUGGUGCAUGGAGCCAGUGGAGGUGUGGGGCUGGCAGCUGUUCAGAUGGGCAGAGAACUGGGCCUUCAUGUGGUGGGGACGGCCGGCACUGAUGAGGGGAUCUCCCUAGUGAAGGCAACUGGUGCCCAUGAAGUCUUCAACCACCGUGACCCUCAGUACCUUAAGAACCUUGGUGCAGAAAAAUUUGACAUCAUUCUGGAGAUGCUGGCCAAUGUCAACUUGGACAAGGACCUCACUCUGAUGAACCCACGUGGUAGAACCAUUGUGGUGGGGUCAAGAGGAACCACUCAGAUUAACCCUCGCAAUCUGAUGUUGAGUGAGAGUUCUGUCACCGGGGUUGCUCUUGGUACUUCUACUGAGGAAGAGUGGGCCGAGCUGGCGGCACACGUAGUGGCUGGCACUGAGGCAGGAUGGGUUAAGCCAGCAGUGUACAAAGUUUACAGUUUGGAAGAGGCGUCCCAAGCUCACCAUGACAUCAUCCAUUCCAAAGGUGCCCAGGGAAACCUGGUGGUGAAGGUGACUGAGUGAAUGGACCUCUCUCAAAACUCCUCUCCUUAACUUGAGUGCUCAGUGGAUUGAUGUGGCUGUGUUGUCUGUGAAAAAUAGUGAAUUGAAUAAAUAAAUAAAUCUAUUAUAGUAUAUAUUAUAUACCAGGCCAGAAAAAAUUACUGAACAUUGCCUAGAUAAAGCACAAAAAUAAAUUGAAUGAAUAAGUAAAAUAGAAAAAAACAUUGAUAUUCAUUCUCUUAGUGGAGAAUAAAGAAAUACUGUUGGGGAAAGAAAUGAGUUAUAUACAGGAAGGGUUACAAUAUAAGAAGAGCUACAUUUAUGUAAAAAAGAAGUAAUACCUCAAUGUUGAGUAUGUAAGUAAAAUUUUAUUUACUUUGAGUUAUUAUUUUGUCUUGCCAUAAUUUUAUUUGUUGAAGCAUUUUUACUAUACUUUUACAAAUGUCAUUAAAUUCAUCUUUAAGCUGUGAAAUGUUGUUGCAUGUCUGGCCAUGCCAUACACUGCAUAUCACAGUAAAAUGCAUUAAUAAUUUUCUGGAGCCACAUUUUUCUUGACAUCCCACUUUGCAGCCACAAGAAACUAGCUUUAGCAAUUUUUCAGGAGCAGCUGGAUCCUCAGUAAGUACUAUUGGCAUUAGUAUGUUUUCUUUCUUCAUCCAUCCCCAAUUAUAGUUUCAGGAAGGAUGUGACUCAGCUUGCUGCACAGCAUGAUAAACUGUACCAAUGUUGCUUCAGUGCUGCAGAUGUAGGUGCCAGAGACUCUAACUUGAAUAUAGAGUGGGAUGUCAAAAAAAAACUGUGGCUGCAGAAAAUUAUUAAUGCAUUUUACUGUGAUAUGCAGUGUAUGGCAUGGCCAGACAUGCAACAACAUUUCACAGCAUAAAGAUGAAUUUAAUGACAUUGAGUGAAAGUAUAGUGCUUUCUAGACAUGUUAGUGUUUUUAGUACUAGUUCAGCACUUCUCCAAAGCUCUAUGAUAUAAAAUAUUUGUUACCUUUCAGUGUUUUUUACAAUACAACUCUUACCUCCAUGAAGUUCAUAUUAUUAAUAAAUCAAUCAAUUAUUAAAUCCCAAUUCAUUUCACUUCCUAAACUUGAAAAGGAGUGAUUGAAGGAGUGUAGAAAAUUAGUUGAAUGAAUUUCUUGUUGAUAACAAAACCUAACUUAUAUAGAGUACUACAUCAAUGUAACAUAUCAUAAGACCAGGAAAACAGUAAAAGACCACAUUUUUAACCAAAAUUAGCUGUAACCAACCCCAAAGAGGAUGAAUGAUUAGUCUUAGGUGUCUGAAAAUUAUUCUUGGGUUAAAAACAAAAUUAGACAAAUUUCACGCAUUUAUAUACUGCUAAUAGUUUAAAAGUUAUCAAUAAAUUAUAUUUUUCCUAA